ACCACCACCACCACCAUGGGGCAGUGCUACGGCAAGGGCGCCUCCUCCCGCGCCGCGGAGGACGACUUCGGAGUCCUCGCCGACAGGCACUCCCCGCCGCCCGCCAACGGCGUCGCGCCCACCCCACCUCCCCACCACCCCGCCCCCGCCACCGCGCCCUCCGGGACCACCACCCCGCGCCGCCGCAAGUCCGGAUCGACCACGCCGGUGCACCAGACGCCCGGAGGCGGGGGCGGGGGCGCGGCCUGGCCCAGCCCGUACCCGGCGGGCGGGGCGAGCCCGCUGCCGGCGGGGGUCUCGCCCUCGCCCGCCCGCUCCACGCCGCGCCGCUUCUUCAAGCGCCCCUUCCCGCCGCCCUCCCCCGCCAAGCACAUCAAGGCCACGCUCGCCAAGCGCCUCGGCGGCGGGGGCAAGCCCAAGGAGGGGACCAUUCCGGAGGAGGGGCCCGGAGCUGCUACCGGAGCAGCUGUUGCGGAUGGGGCCGCCGAGGCGGAGAGGCCGCUCGACAAGACGUUUGGCUUCGGGAAGAACUUCGGGGCGAAAUACGAGCUCGGGAAGGAGGUGGGGAGGGGCCAUUUCGGGCACACUUGCUCCGCCGUUGUCAAGAAGGGCGAGUUCAAGGGGCAGACCGUCGCCGUCAAGAUCAUCUCUAAAGCUAAGAUGACAACAGCCAUAUCCAUUGAAGAUGUUCGUCGGGAAGUGAAGAUUUUGAAAGCACUAUCAGGGCACAACAAUCUAGUCAAAUUCUAUGAUUCCUGUGAGGAUGCCCUUAAUGUCUACAUUGUCAUGGAAUUGUGUGAGGGUGGAGAGUUGCUAGACAGAAUAUUAGCCAGAGGUGGGAGGUACACAGAAGAAGAUGCUAAAGCGAUUGUUGUACAGAUUUUGAGCGUAGUGGCCUUCUGUCAUCUUCAGGGAGUAGUGCAUCGUGAUCUGAAGCCAGAGAAUUUCCUUUUCACAACAAGAGAUGAAAAUGCUCCUAUGAAGUUGAUUGAUUUUGGUCUCUCUGAUUUCAUUAGACCAGAUGAAAGACUUAAUGAUAUUGUUGGAAGUGCAUAUUACGUUGCCCCAGAGGUUCUACACAGAUCAUACAGUAUGGAAGCAGACAUUUGGAGUAUAGGUGUCAUAACGUAUAUUUUGCUCUGUGGUAGUCGGCCAUUUUGGGCACGGACGGAAUCAGGAAUCUUCCGAUCUGUAUUGAGAGCUGAUCCCAACCUUGAUGAUUCUCCAUGGCCAUCAGUGUCAGCUGAAGCUAAGGAUUUUGUGAAAAGAUUUCUGAACAAGGAUUACCGCAAAAGAAUGACUGCUGUCCAAGCAUUGACCCACCCUUGGUUGCGGGAUGAUCAAAGGCAGAUUCCGCUGGACAUUCUUAUCUACAGAUUAAUUAAGCAAUACCUUCGUGCCACACCUCUUAAACGCUUAGCGCUAAAGGCAUUAUCUAAAGCUUUAAAGGAUGAUGAACUCUUGUAUCUCAGGCUACAGUUUAAGCUGCUUGAGCCUAGAGAUGGAGUCGUGACACUUGACAACUUUCGAACGGCUCUAACGCGGUAUUUGACUGAUGCGAUGAAGGAAUCAAGAAUUCUUGAGUUUUUGCAUGCGUUGGAACCACUUGCAUACAGAAGUAUGGACUUCGAAGAGUUCUGUGCUGCAGCUAUCAGCCCUUACCAGCUUGAGGCUCUGGACAGGUGGGAGGAUAUUGCUGGAACAUCUUUCCAGCACUUUGAACAGGAGGGGAACCGAGUCAUAUCAGUUGAGGAGUUGGCACAGGAACUAAAUCUUGCUCCAACACACUAUUCCAUCGUGCAAGAUUGGAUCAGGAAAACUGAUGGCAAGCUUAACUUUCUCGGGUUCACCAAAUUUUUGCAUGGUGUUACGAUACGGGGUGCAAACCCAAGACGGCAUUAAGUAACCAUGGAAAAAAAUGUAUCUGGUUCUAAUUUUAAAGCUGCCCAUAAUAUGGCUCUGAUUUGUUGUUGUCCUUGCUUCCUCUCUCUUGUGGUUAAUGAUCAUUCUUCUUCUUUUGUUGUGAUGUUGUCGGUUGUUGUCACCAUAGCUUUUGUAGAGAGAAUACAUGUAAAGAUCAUUUUGUAAUGAAGGCAAUCGGAUGGUCUGUUCAAGAAAUAUAGUGCCCUGUUUUUUUUU